AGCUCAUUUUCGCUUCUACUAGACAUGAUAUGGAGUUCACCUUCCCAGAAGCAUUUGAGAUUUAGUAUAUAUCUGGGAAUUCGGAGCAUGUAGCAUUAGCAGUUUUAAAAUACAACCACAAAGGAGGUGUCCAAUAAACUGUAAAUAGUGAUAGUAGUACUUAAUUGCUUGUGUCAAUUUAGUCAGCAGAGUAGUUGUGCAAAAUUUCAGGCAUAUUUAUCUACUGAAUGAGGGAGGAGACAUGAAUGAACAAAAGGUUUGAGCAAAUUUUGCUUAAAUAAAACUUGGCUACAUCCAUUUUACCGGAGGUUGGCCAAUUUAACUCAACUUUACAAGAACAUUAUCCUUGUUUACAACUACUAUACAAAAUGGUUAAGAAAAAAACAAGGAACUGUUUUCUCAAUGUCUACUAUCUGUAUAUCUUUCUCAUUUCUAAUCCUAUUGCUUUACAAAACUUCAUGGGCAGAAGAAUUUGCACCAUGUCCUACUUAUAAUCAUCUCAAGCGAGAAGAGAGAUCGAUGAACACAUCCUCUUUGCAGUGUAUUGUUAGACCACCUAUUGGAUGAUCAAAGCCAAACUCCUCUUCAGCUUGAGCUAACAAGUCUUGAAAUGAUGGUUGGUUCAAGUAUGAUACUGGCACGACAAAUAUCUUCUUGUGACUCUCUCCUACGUAUACUGCACAAUGACCUUUUGGAACACCCCCAGAUGUUGAAGGCCUCCUUAGGAUUCCCAUUAUCGCAAGGUGUAUUUGGUAAACUCUAAAUGGUGAAGCAAAAAAAAGAACAAGAAUUUGGAGAACUGCAAAGAAAAAGAAAGUUUGUGAAGUGUCUAGAUACUUGUGGUUUGCUCAAAUGUUUUGUGUCCGGGUAUAUAUACAAGUUAAUGGAAAAUUUCAUACGCAACAGGUGAGGGACAAUGGAACAUGAAGUUUCACAUGGUUUUGCCUACUGUGUUAUUGUCAAAGAACUUGCACCAUAAAUUUGUUGAAGAACAAAACUAGGUCCCAUUGCUUCUCUUGAUUUUGAACAGAUGACCACCUUUAAAAAUAAGAGCCACAAUAAUGGAUAAAAUUGAUUAUUUAGUCCUGGACCACUUGGUUUAAAGAUAAGGUGACAGAGAAUUGAAUAAAUGCAUCAACCUCUUUGAUUAAAACUAGACAACUUAUAAUCAUUCAUCAUUUCAUCCACAAAUUUAAGGCCCCAUAAACAUAGCCAACAAAUAGGCACAUGGCUUUGCUCUCGGUGGUUAGUGACAAAAGCUUAAGCUCCAACCGAAAGCCUGUCUAUAGCCUUUUAUAUAAAUAACCCCCCUUCUAUGAUCCAUUUUCAUCGUCAACUACAAGCAUUAUCGAUUCAGACACCAUAUUGUUCUAAAUUUCUAGUUUCCUUUCUUGUUUCCAAUCUUCCAAGAAAAAUGGCAAUGCUCAGCCCUAAGAAACUCAUCAAGAUGGCCAGGAGAUGGCGGAAGUUUGCAGCCAUGCAGAGGAGGAGGAUUUCUUUUCCAAGAAAUGGCAGUAGUGCAGACGGUUACAGUACAUCUUCAUCCUCUACAGUUGAAAAAGGAAAUUUUGUAGUCUAUACAAUCGAUCAAAGGCGAUAUGUGUUUCCCCUUGCUUACCUCGAAAAUGAGACCAUUGUGCAACUUUUAAACAUGUCUGAAGAAGAGUUUGGACUGCCGAGUGGUGGCCCUAUUACAUUACCCUGUGAUUCAGGCUUUAUGGACUACAUCAUUUCUCUAAUCAAGAAAGGUGUAGCUGAUGGAGUUCUUCACAGAGCUUUGUUUCUCUCAAUUCCUUCAUGUUGCUCUACUUCAGCCUCUUAUUUGCACCAAGAAAGUGGAAACCAACAGCUUCUUGUUUAUUGACUUAUGACGUCAUGUUCUGUCAAUGAUAGCUCAAAAUAGAAUGUAUAGCAGUUGAGAUAUAGGCAACUGAAGGCUUGCAUUAGUACAUGUUGAAAGGUACUUUAAGAAUGCAACUAUUUUUUCUGUUUUCUCCAGUUUUUUUUUAAGUACAAUCCUAGUUAAAUUAGGAAGUCCUAUCUUUGGUAGGUAACUAAUUAGUUAUUCUAAUGUUAGUAGAGGUAGGUUGUUUCUUUGUCGUAUUUUUAGUUGGAAUAGCAAAUGUUUAAGUUGCUAAGUUGAUGAUCAAUGAUAGACAUUCUUUUAACAAGAAAA